AUUACGGAGUGUUUAUUUACAGAGUAUUUAAUAUUAUUAUAUUUCCUCUGUUUUUAAAAGUUUUUUGCAUUAUGACUGCGUAUGUUUAACAAUGCAUUACUUCAACCAUUACGUUUCUACAAAGAAUACAUUACCAAUAUUUUGAGUACCAACCUUUGAGUACGCUAAACUUAACUCUCAUGCUACUUAGUCAUACGACACAAAGUCAUAAAGUAGCACAAAAAUUAAAUCUCCUCAAAUUUAGGAACUUUCAAAGUCAACACCUUUCUCUUUCUUCCCUCCUUCCCUGUCUCCCAUCUCUGUUUCCCAUCUCAGGAGCUCCCCUGGCCAUGAGCUCCAAUGAAACAGAGGAGCUCAUCACUCCACACCCGCCUUCGCCAUCACCACUGCCAUCGAAACCCAAACACCACCCUCGAAACCCAACCUCUCUUCUUCUUCAACCCUUUCAAUGGCUCAAAAUGCUCUCUACCACUCUCCACCCCACUUUCAUCCUAGGCAUCAUUCUUGUCUACGGCCUCAACCUCGGCUUCUCCGACUCCUACUUCCGUGUUGUAACAGAUUACUAUUGGAAAGACGUACAAAAAAUCAACCCUUCAUCAGCUCAGUUCUACAUUGGUUUCUACUUCAUCCCUUGGAUCUUAAGACCUCUCUGGGGGCUCCUUACUGAUGUACUCCCUAUAAUGGGAUAUCGUCGUAGGCCGUAUUUUGUUAUUGCUGGUGUUGUUGGUGUUUCAUCCGCGGUUCUUGUGACCAUUGCAACGAAGUUGCCUGCUAGCUUGGCACUCCUUUGUUUCAUUGGAGUUCAUGGUGGUAUGGCGAUGGCAACCGCGACAAUCGAUGCUUGUACUGCUAAGAAUAGUAUAGAAGUGAAGGAAUUAGCAGCUGAUUUGCAGAGUCUUUGUGGAUUUUGCCAUUCUUUGGGAGCUUUGUUGGGGUAUUCUACUAGUGGGUUUCUUGUUCAUAAACUUGGAGCUCAGGGAUCACUCGGGAUUCUUACUAUUGCACCAACAGCAUUCCUACUUUUGGGAUUCCUUAUUUAUGAGUUAAGAUUUGCCAACUCAACCAGUCAAGGUUCUAAGAAGGUUGUAGAGAGGAUAGGAGGCGCAAUGGAGGAUAUGUAUAGAACAAUAAAGUUCCCUCAAGUGUGGAAGCCAUCACUCUUCAUGUUUCUAUCUUUGGCCCUAAGUUAUAGCACUCAUGAAGGUCAUUUUUAUUGGUAUACUGAUCCUGUAGCUGGUCCCGGAUUUUCCAAGGAAUUCGUAGGAAUGAUGUAUGCAAUCGGAGCUGUAGGCUCAAUGAUUGGUGUAUUCAUCUACCACAAAUUCUUGAAAGACUUCUCACUUAGAGAUCUCCUCUUCUAUGCCCAACUCCUAUACGUCGCAUCUGGAAUGUUGGAUCUUAUGUUCAUUCUUAGAUGGAAUUUACCUCUUGGAAUCCCUGAUCCAGUCUUCAUUAUAGUGGAGGAAACUAUCUAUCACGUAAUAGGUCGCAUUCGAUGGAUGCCAAUGGUAGUUUUGAGCACAAGGCUUUGCCCUUUAGGCAUUGAGGGUACAUUUUUUGCACUCCUAAUGUGCAUUGAUAGUGUAGGCUCACUUUCUUCUAAAAUGUUGGGAGGCAUGGUGCUUCAUUAUUUGGAUAUUUCAAGAACUAAUUUUAGUAAUUUGUGGCUGGCAAUUCUAGUAAGAAAUUGCUUGAGAUUUGGUACAAUUGCUUUGAUUUUUCUGGUACCAAAUGCAACCCAACAUGAUGUUUUAGUUCCUUCAAACAUUACUUCAAAUAGGAAUACAAGUACUAGGGUACAAGAAGCAACUUUGGAACUUGUACCUCUUAGUGAAAAAUUAGACAUUUGAUUUACCAAAAAUUUUGUUUUGUCCUAUAGCUUAGGAGCGAGUAGAUAUUAUGUACAAACUCUAUUUUUUUUUUUUUGAAGUAUGACACGUGUCGAAUAUGGAAUUGUCCUUUUUUUUUUUAAUUAUAGGCGAAUACAUCACUGCAUUAUUUGGCGCCGUUCACUUCAUUUUAUUUUUGCUGAACUUAAAUUAUUUUUACUGAACUGAAAUUAAUUGUACUAAAGUGA